CACAGAAUACUCCUAGUGAGAACUGAGAACGGUGGUUUGAAUUUGGCGCGCCGCCCGCGCCAGUAGUGGUCAAGCUGCACGCACGCGCGCCGCGCGCUCCAAUGACAGCCAGAUGCCGACCUAAACCUAACCGACUUCAAUGUAAAAACUUUUGCUCGUGUUAUUUAUUUUUGUUUAUUUUGUGCAAACGAUGGACUGCUCCUGGAAUAUUAAAAAUAAGUUCGGUGUGAAGUUUAUUCAAAAAUAUUAAUUGAAAUAUCUUCUGUGCCAGUGUUUUUUCUUAUCAACCCGCGGACCGCGGUUAUCAUAAUAUGUGAUAAUAUUAAUGUUUGCGAACUUUUAAGCUUCCUUUGUUUAUGAACGGCGACGCCUACGCUGGUCGUGCGAGCGGUCGGUAGCGUACUAGUAAGUAGUAUAGUACGGUACUCGCCUCCUUGUGAGUAUCUAUAGUAUUCGUCGGUAAUCGCGAUCUAAAUAUUUAUAUUAUAAUAGAAUGGAGGGCGAUAGAAAAACCCACCUCAGCGAGGGAGUCCCGCUGAACUCAGGUGCCGCCAACAUUUUUUUGAACACCGGUAAAAAGGCUAAAUCGAACGACGGAACUGUUAUUCAUCUCAAUACAGAGAAACCGUCGGACGUCGGCGUUCAUAUCAACACCACCCUCUCGAUAGCGUCUUCCAAGAAAAUAAAGCUGCUAUUCGUCCUGAAUCUGCUGCUGAGCGUAGUGUGCGUGUUCGUCAGCGGCUACAUAGCUUUCUACUACUGGAAUGAGAUGGUGUCGAUUAGGAGGCAGCUAGACAUACUUCGAGACCAGAUUCUCAUUCAGAACAUCAGGGAGGGUGUGUUGCAUCAGGAGAAACCAGUACAAAGUCCCCUUCUGGCCAACUUGAGGCCUCGGGACAAAGAUGGCAGAGAGAGUAGAGAACUCAUUGGUGACCCCAUAUCCCCAAAUGCGAGGAAGUACUAUGUGGAGGACCUCGGGGAGGAUAUGGUGUUCGUAGACUCCAGUAAGAAGAAAUCUAGUCAAGAUAAAGUGCCGGUGUAUGAUCUGUCUGUCUUUCAAAAGGAGCCGAUGGUUGCUCAUUUCAAUGGAGGAAUAAACGAGAGACAAAUGGGCACUGAUUCGAACAUUGGCCCGUGGGUGCACGACAGGUCUACGUCCACCAAGGGCAGCGAGACCAAGAUACAGGUGAAUUCCAACUACUUCACUGUAAAAGAGAGCGGCCUCUACCUGCUGUAUGCUCAAAUCGUGUAUAUAUCGUACGCGCCCAACUGCUUCUUCAUCUGGGCGUGGCAGCCGCAGGAGGCGCCGAGGCAGGUGACCAUGUGUGCGACCGCUGACACCAGCCCCAACAGCGUGCCGCUCAGCAAGGCGCAGAUGAGCUGCUCCGUCCACGUCGUCGUCCGCCUGGCCAGGGACGAAACCAUUAGAUUCACCCAGCGAGAGGAGAAUAGGACAGUCUGGCUCAAACCCGGUUUCUCAUACAUCGGCUUUAUCAAACUUAGUUCCUAACGGGCUGUGAUAGUAUAGGUUUUUGUAAUACGCGUGGGACGGAGCUGGCCGCCCCGCUGUGUCAUAAUGUGCUCGUAACUUUAGGGGCCAUCCGCGUAUCACAUUAAAAAAAUUCACAUUUUUGUAGCUUGGUAUGAUCCCUAUGUAUAUAAUAUGUGGAUGGCCCUUUACAGCUUGAACAGGAAAAACCUGUAGGCUUUAUUUUCAUUGCGACACGAAAAGCCAGGAUUAAAGGCAGUUUUACCGCAACUUAUCUUUGUCGUUUUCUUGGUCAUGCUAUAAAUAAUUUGAAUGGGUUACAAACAUGUCCUACUAAAAGUAGAAUAAUUUAUAAUACGGACAAUUUUUAUCUAUAUGUAGAUUGUAGGCCAACCAUAUUGGUAUGAUUCAUUGCCAUUGUAUAAAUAAAUCAAUUAUUGCCUAAAAUAUAUUUUAUUUUCUUGGCAAAAAUGGCGCAAAAGUAGCUUUAGACUCUAGGUCAACAUAAGACCAAUUUUAAACAUUAUGUAGUUAGUGGUUGCAAUUUAUGUUAGGUACCAGUGCGUUGUGUGAUGUUGAUAUUAUGAGAAAAUGUAUGUGAUUGAAGGUGCCAUAUAGGUGAUUUAAUGAUUUGUGUAAAUUACACAAUAGAAAUUCUUUGUGGCAAUUGCAAAUGGUGUUUGCACACAAUCACUUUGUGUAUAGAAUAUUUAUAUUAAGAGAUAUUAUAGGCCGUGCUAAACAUUAUGAUCACUCGGCGAAACUAAGGGCUUUGUUACAUGUUAUUGGGUUCGAACUUAAUGUUGUGCUGUGUGCAUGGCCUAUAAAUAUUUGUAAAUUUGCCUCUUGUAAUUAGUAAUUGCCAAAUAUUGUAAUCUGGGCUUCCAUAAAGUACUAUACGCUUCCAUAAAGUACUAUAAGUGGCUAGUAAUUUGAAAUUGAUCUCUCGUCACAAAUUCGGCCCUUUAAAUUUUAUUUGUAAACACUUAUUUUUGUUAGUCAUUUAGAUUUCAAGAAAGCAACUAAGAAUUUGUGCAAGAUGUCCUAAUUUAUCAAAAAUUUGGUAAAAUAUUCAAAUACUCUUUUUCCGAUAAUCCUUUUAGGGCCAACGCUAAAACACGGGCGGAUGGGGGCGCGGGCGCACGUGUCGGAAGACUGCCGCGGGCGAGCGGGCACCCGUCGCGUGCGCCCAUAUCAUUUAGCGCUGCUAGUAUAAUUUUUAUGUCGAGUGUUUACAGUUGUGUUAU